UCUGAGCCUCUCAUCCGUGAAGUGACGGGUCCCCGCCUCCGAGAUGCACUGCUUUGAGUGUGUUAUUCCGCCGGGCACAACAAGCCUCCACCGCUGCACCGGAUCUAUUUGUUUCUAAACCUGUCAGCAUGGAUGGACACUGUGCGUAAAGUUAGCCUCCGGGUUCGGCUGCGUGUGAGUCCCGCGGUGGGACAAGUUUGUGGAAGUUGUGGAGGAGACGAGUCGAAGGCAUUAACCACGUGGAGACGGCGACACACUGGGGUACAAGAAGGACCUCUCCCCCUCUGGCAUGGACACAAGCCGGGCUGACAGAGACCUCCUGUGCUGCAGCAGUGCCAAAAUGUGCACACAGUGACAACAAACAACCUUGCAGCUUUUUUUACACAACUUCAGCAUCAAUAUUCAAGGACUGACAGUUGGUGCCUUCCCCUUUAGCAUUAGCUACAGCCGCUAAGUUAACAGCAUUGGCAGCUUGGACUGUUGCAUAGCCAAUGUGUUAAGUGAGUGCGUGUAACUUGGCCCACUCGUCCCUGGCCAGACCAGCAAAGGAGUUGUGUUACACUCCCUGACAGGCCUUAUACAUGUUUCAUCUGCUGCUCUCAGAACAGAAGCCCCCUUUGUUAUCUAAUCCAGCCCUCUCCUCCCCAGCCGAGAGACUGACUUUACUGCCACAAGACUGCUCUUCACAGUCUGUCAGCUAGCCACUGAGCUGAUACAUAUCAACCAACAGCUGAAGAGCAGCAGAAGGACUUGCUCAGGCCCCAGAUAUCUGCUAUCAGCGCUUCUCAGCCAGUCGCUCAAACCAUUGGCUGGCACAUGGACAGUGCUUCAAAAUAAACAAGAGGAACUGAGGGGGCUGUGGGAGGUCCAACAAAGAUUUUCAAGGAUCUCAAUUGUGCCUUGUCUAUUCUGCACAAAACCACAAAUUUUCUGUCUUAAAUUCUUGGAUCUAAGGAUCUCAAAAAAGAGGUUCAUUGGGGGUUGCAUUUGUAUUUUAGUAAGCCAGUUAGGACCAUGAGUGACACUCUUAGACCUCCUUCACUCCAGGUGAGCGUCCCAAGCGAUGCUCCGGAAUACUCAGACGGAGGAAACAACGGUGUGUCUGAUGGUUGCCUGCGAUCCAGCUCCUCAACCCCAACUCUCCGGCGCAAGCGCUUCAAGAUGCGCCGCAUGAGGAACGUGCCCAGUGAGAGGGAGAUCGAAAGAGGGCGGCUGAACAGCGGUCACCUCACAGCUCGGUCCCACUCCGGCUCCAAGGAGUACCUCCAGCUGCCUUCCAUUGAGAUCACGCCGUCCAGCGACGAAGAUGCCCUGUCUUCCUGGUCCAGCUGCUCCACGCCCAGUGCCUCACCUCGCCGCAAGCGUUUCCUGUUGAGGAAGUGGCUGAAGGUCCGAGAGAAGAAGGAGCAUGUCAGUGAGAGCAGCAGCCAGCAGAGCAGCCAGCAGAGCAGCCUACAGAGCAGCCAUGAAGACGACAGCACUCGGUUCCUGACUCCAUUAAUCCUAGAGGAGAGGUCUGACAGUGCAGCGGACAAAUUCAGCACUGCCAGUAACUCAAACAAGAGCACACCUGCCUGCUCACCAGUCCUACGCAAACGCUCACGCUCUCCCACACCACAGACCCAGGAGGGUGAGAACAUGGUGGAGAAGGGUUCUGACCACUCCUCUGACAAGUCCCCCUCCACGCCCGAGCAGGUCGUCCAGAGAACGUACUCCCUGCAGUCAGCGCGAAGCGGGGGAAAGAACUCGAAGUCUCACAAGCGACUUUCCAAAAAGAGCCAAAGCUGGUACAACCAUGAAAGACAACACAUCCUGAGAGUGCUGAGCCCGACAUACAAGCAGCGCAAUGAGGACUUUAGAAAACUCUUCAAGCAGCUCCCCGACACAGAGAGACUCAUUGUGGACUACUCCUGUGCUCUUCAACGGGACAUCCUCCUGCAGGGACGACUCUACCUCUCGGAGAACUGGAUUUGUUUUUAUAGCAACAUCUUCCGCUGGGAAACACUGCUGACAGUGCGGUUAAAGGACAUCUGCUCAAUGACGAAAGAGAAGACCGCCCGCCUCAUUCCCAACGCCAUCCAGGUCUGCACAGACACUGAGAAGCACUUUUUCACCUCGUUCGGAGCCAGGGACAGGACGUACAUGAUGAUGUUCAGACUGUGGCAGAAUGCACUGCUUGACAAGCCCCUGUGUCCCAAAGAACUGUGGCACUUUGUACAUCAGUGCUAUGGCAACGAGCUCGGCCUCACCAGCGAUGAUGAGGACUACGUUCCCCCUGAUGACGACUUCAACACCAUGGGGUUCAGUGAAGAGAUUCCCAAUGAAGAGAAUGAGAUCAACAAUGACAGCUUGUCUAAGAGCAGCACCGAGGCCAAACCUGAAGGAAGCCCUCCCCCCAUUCCUAAGAAGGUCAUCCCUAACAGCACCAUCCCCAGCCCAGGCAACCAUGACAUGCCCAUCACAUUCGAACUUCCUGCAGAGGAAUAUGCAGACUGCUUACCAGACGGUGAUCUGCUGGCUUUGCCCCUGGUGGUGGAAGAGAAGAACAACGAUACCAGCAGGCCUGGUGGUCCUGUACCCUCCCCCUCACUCGACUUCAACGACAACGAAGACAUCCCCACCGAGCUCAGCGACUCCUCAGAAACACACGAUGAGGGUGAGGUCCAGGCGUUCCAUGAGGAUCUGAAUGGCAGGCAGCACAUCAACGAGAUCUACAAGUUCAGUGUGGACAAGCUCUAUGACAUCCUCUUCACCGAGUCACAGUUCAUGAGUGACUUCAUGGAACAGCGGCGAUUUUCAGAUGUGGUCUACCACCCAUGGAAGAAGGAGGAGGCUGGAAACCAGACCAGAGAGAUCAUGUACACCAUCUCUCUGUCCAAUCCCCUGGCCCCAAAAACAGCCACAGUCACUGAGACACAGACUCUGUACAAAGCCAGUCAGGAGAGCGAGUGUUACAUCAUCGAUGCUGAGGUCAUCACGCAUGACGUGCCCUACCACGAUUACUUCUACACUCUGAACCGCUACAUGCUCACCAGGGUGGCCAAGAAUAAGUGUCGGUUACGGAUAUCAACGGAGCUGCGCUACAGAAAACAGCCGUGGGGGUUGGUGAAAGGCUUCAUAGAGAAAAACUUCUGGAGUGGGCUUGAAGAAAACUUCCGCCGUCUUGAGUUGGAACUGUCCAAGCUGGAGGAGAUUGUGACCGAGACCCACCAGCUGUCUCCGAAGAUUAAGGUUGUGAAGAACUCCACGGUGAGGCGGAAGAAGAGGCAGCUACCUCACAUGCGCAGCCAGCACCUGGACGAGGCGCUCAGCCCCGUUACCACGCCGACGGACGACGAAGUGAUCCAGAGGAUCAAACAAGUGGCAGGAUCCACACAGACCAGACACCAGAGUCCAGAGCACCAUCACCUGCCCGGAGGCCUCGCGCUGUACAGUGUUUCCAAACUGCUGCUCAUCAUCAGCUUCGUGAUCUGUUUAAGCUUGGUGCUGCUGGUGUUCCUCAACAUGAUGCUCUUCUACAAGCUGUGGAUGCUGGAGUACUCAGCACAGUCCUUAACAACCUGGCAAGGUCUACGGCUUCAUGAAAGUAAACUGCCUCAGACGCAGAUGGAGUGGGCCCAGCUCCUGGAGGCGCAGCAGCGUUACCAUGACACGGAGCUGCAGAAGUGGAGAGAGAUUAUCAAGUCGUCAGUGGUGCUGCUAGACCAGAUGAAAGACUCUUUAUUGAACCUCCAGAGAGGCAUUGGUUUAAGUGACUACAGUGCCGAGGCUGAGGAGAAGAGAAGUCGUUACCACUAACACACCACCAUAAGGCCAUGAGGGCGUGCUGUGCAAUAUAGGACCUGUUUUGUUUGUGAACCAGUAUGCAGGCAGCAGCGAGUCGGAGCGAGGAGCGGGACCAACGGUGAGCUGGUCCAACAGAGACAACGAGAGGAACAGAGGGUAACCAGCAAACAGACGGGUAAAACCCCCUGAGGAGGAAGUCAUUGACAGAAAGUGCCCCUAUCACACACAGGAACUGAGGUGUCCCCAACAUCACUGAGGCAUUGUGGGAGGGUGUGAGUCUUGCACCUUCUCUAAACUCAUGGGAUAACCGUUUUCUUUUACUCUCUUUAUGUCCAAGUGCACCCUACUGUAAGCCAUGUCGACCAGGAGAGUGGCAGAGAGGAUGAAGGAAAACUACUGCAUGCAUUUAGACAACCUAGCUCUCCUCAGUCAGUGUUGAUGUGGUCCAGUUCCAGUCUAUGUGUGUCAAAAAAGAAGAACAGAAGAAGAUGAGAGAUCAAGUCAAAGGAGAGGGGGGUCCUUUCGAGUCUUAAUGGCUUUCUACACUCUCUCGACUGUUCCAAACCAAUCGUCCCCAAGAGGGCCUCGCUGCAGCGUCCCUUUAAUAAACCUCCAGCCAAUCAGAGUGCAGUAUUGCCCCACAACUGAAGAGAAAAGGAAAUAUUGUAGCUGGAGGCUCGUUGUCUGCUCAGGGCUGGUUCCCUGUCAGAGCGCUGUGGUGAAAUAUUUAAAGGUAAAAUCUAGAGCUUGAGACCUAAACCAGUAUUUUUACCUUCAUACACAGUUCACACCAUCAGUUGCCCCUGCCUCAGUGUUCGAUACCAUACACUAUAUUAUUUCUCAUCUUUCUAAUAAAGUCGAAUGUAUUAUGUAGCCUGAACAAAGGGCCGGAGUUAUUCUUCUUUGAAAAAGGGAUGCUGCAGCCAGACCAGUAGGGAGACCUGUGUUCUUACUUGUUUUAUUACUAAACUGUGA